UCCGACUAAGCAGAAGAUCAAAAAACGGAAAAGAGAAAAGCAAACGGGCACUUUCAAGAACAAUCCCCUCAACUCCAAGCCGACAGCAGUCUAGAAAUCCAAAGUCAGUGCCUACCGAAGACAAAGGCGUCCCGAGGGAGUGGCGGCGCGACCCCAGGGCGUGGGCCCCGCCGCGGAGCCCUCACGGCCGGCUGCCCCGACGGUCGCGGACCAUGUCUCCCGCCCCACGACCCUCCCGCAGGCUCCUGCUCCCCCUGCUCACGCUCGGCACCGCGCUCGCCUCCCUCGGUUCGGCCCAAAGCAGCAGCUUCAGCCCCGAAGCCUGGCUGCAGCAGUAUGGCUACCUGCCACCGGGGGACCUACGAACCCACACCCAGCGCUCACCCCAGUCACUCUCAGCUGCCAUCGCUGCCAUGCAGAGGUUCUACGGAUUGCGAGUGACAGGCAAGGCUGAUGCAGACACCAUGAAGGCCAUGAGACGCCCCCGAUGUGGUGUUCCAGACAAGUUUGGGGCUGAGAUCAAGGCCAAUGUUCGAAGGAAGCGCUAUGCCAUCCAGGGCCUCAAAUGGCAGCAUAAUGAGAUCACUUUCUGCAUCCAGAAUUACACUCCCAAGGUGGGCGAGUAUGCCACAUUCGAGGCCAUUCGCAAGGCAUUCCGCGUGUGGGAGAGCGCCACACCACUGCACUUCCGUGAGGUACCCUAUGCCUACAUCCGUGAGGGCCAUGAGAAGCAGGCCGACAUCAUGAUCUUCUUUGCCGAGGGCUUCCAUGGUGACAGCACGCCCUUUGAUGGUGAGGGUGGCUUCCUAGCCCACGCCUACUUCCCUGGCCCCAACAUUGGAGGGGAUACCCACUUUGACUCUGCCGAACCCUGGACUGUCCGGAAUGAGGAUCUCAAUGGGAAUGACAUCUUCCUGGUGGCUGUGCAUGAGCUGGGCCACGCCCUGGGCCUCGAGCAUUCCAAUGAUCCCUCAGCCAUCAUGGCACCCUUUUACCAAUGGAUGGACACAGAGAACUUCGUGUUGCCUGAUGAUGACCGCCGGGGCAUCCAGCAACUUUACGGGAGUAAGUCAGGAUUGCCCACCAAGAUGCCCCCUCAACCCAGGACUACCUCCAGGCCCUCUGUCCCUGAUAAGCCCAAAAACCCCACCUAUGGGCCCAACAUCUGUGAUGGGAACUUUGACACCGUGGCUGUGCUCCGAGGGGAGAUGUUUGUCUUCAAGGAGCGCUGGUUCUGGCGAGUGAGGAAUAACCAAGUGAUGGAUGGCUACCCAAUGCCCAUCGGCCAAUUCUGGCGGGGCCUACCAGCAUCCAUCAACACUGCCUAUGAGAGGAAGGAUGGCAAAUUUGUCUUCUUCAAAGGAGACAAGCACUGGGUGUUUGAUGAGGCCUCCCUGGAACCUGGCUACCCCAAGCACAUUAAGGAGCUGGGCCGAGGGCUGCCUACUGACAAAAUUGAUGCCGCUCUCUUCUGGAUGCCCAAUGGAAAGACCUACUUCUUCCGGGGAAACAAGUACUACCGUUUCAACGAAGAGCUCAGGGCAGUGGACAGCGAGUACCCCAAAAACAUCAAAGUUUGGGAAGGAAUCCCUGAGUCUCCCAGAGGGUCCUUCAUGGGCAGCGAUGAAGUCUUCACUUACUUCUACAAGGGGAACAAAUACUGGAAAUUCAACAACCAAAAGCUGAAGGUGGAGCCGGGCUACCCCAAGUCAGCCCUGCGGGACUGGAUGGGCUGCCCAUCGGGGGGCCGGCCGGAUGAGGGGACUGAGGAGGAGACGGAGGUGAUCAUCAUUGAGGUGGACGAGGAGGGCAGCGGGGCGGUGAGUGCGGCUGCCGUGGUGCUGCCCGUGCUGCUGCUGCUCCUGGUGCUGGCGGUGGGCCUUGCAGUCUUCUUCUUCAGACGCCAUGGGACCCCCAAGCGACUGCUCUACUGCCAGCGCUCCCUGCUGGACAAGGUCUGACCCCCACCGCCGGCCCGCCCACUCCUACCACAAGGACUUUGCCUCUGAAGGCCAGUGGCAGCAGGUGGUGGUGGGUGGGCUGCUCCACCCGUCCCAAGCCCCUCCCCCCAGCCUCCCUCUUUCUCUCUGUCCCCUGACUGGCCUCUCCCACCCUCACCCUGGCACUGCUUCUUCCCCUGAUUGGUCCUCUGAGGGCUGAGUGGGAAGGCAACCCCUUCUGGCCUCUGCCUCUCAGGGGGAACCCUUAGCUUGGUGUGUGUCCAGCCCCAUCUGAAUGUCUUGGGGGCUCUGCACUUGAAGGCAGGACCCUUGGACCUCGCUGGUAAAGGUCAAAUGGGGUCAUCUGCUCCUUUUCCAUCCCCUGGCAUACCUUAAACCUCUGAACUCUGACCUCAGGAGGCUCUGGGCACUCCCACCCUACAAGCCCCACAUGUACCCUGUUGGCAGCCUCCCACCACUCUUUCUGGCUAAAGGAAUCUAAUCUUGUUGUGGGGUGGAGACCCUGAGAAAGUGUGAGGGGAUGGGGACUGCCCAGCCACCGGAAGAGUUUUCCUUGAGAGGAAAACUCAGGGAGGGCCUUUGUUGCCAGGGCAGUCAAGUUCCUCCCCUCAAGGAUCUAGCUUUGCCCCACCUACCUGGAGAACUUCCAAGGAAGGAGCCUGAGCCAUUAGGACUAAACUGGGGUUGAAGAAACCCUUGGCAGCCCUACCCCUGUCAAGUGUUAACCUUGGAUGGGGAUUUCAAGGUUGGAAGAGCUGAAACCAGGGGAUGUAGCUACCAGGGUGGGGUGGGGCCAAGAUGAGAGACCCAGGUCAAGAGACCUGGGGGAGAGCCUGAAGGCCACAGAGAAAGAACCGUGCUCAAAUGUAGGCAGCUGGGGCUGGACCCAAGAGCAGAGUAGUCAGAGGAUGGGACCAAAAGGGGAAAUGAGGAAGUGCGGCAGCAAUGGACAGUUAGGGGCUGGGUCAGGCAGGCCAGCAGGGGCGCCACAGGGUGGGCUGUGGUACCCAGGGAUGGGCAUGUUUUAUUGGCACUCUCAGGAAGGGCCCUGAGGCAGGCACACUUACUCCUCUUUGGUCCCCUUCUCGCUGACCAGACAGCAUGAAGAGGAGGGGUGGGAAGUCCAGAGAAAGGAGCAGAGAGGGCACACGUACAGGGACUGGGGACCCGGGGUUUCCCAGAGGCCUGGCAGUGCACAGUCUUAGCCUGCCUCACCACCGCAAUGAGGGGCAGGUGCCUGGGCGUUUCUUGGUUAGGUUGUCCCCUCAAUUCUCUGAUGCCCACACCCCUCAGCCCACCUUACUGGUGUCCUGCCCUCCCUCUCCCCCACCCAGCCCAUCCAUUUGAAGUCUCCUUCA